AUGCUUUUCCUGACACUCAACAGCAGCAGCCGAAUCUCCUUAGUCGCCAAAUACGCCAGCUUCCUUCUCGUCUCAAUCAUUCCUCUGAUCAGCGAUGCUAUCUCACCGAUCGACGAUGAAGCUCGGAGAUUCUGGUCAGCGGUCUUUUACGCCCUACACUCUAUGCUGGUCUACCCGUGUCUCACGGCUAUAGGCUUUUGGGGAAUCUACCAUCAAGCUCGUGAGAUUUUGGCUGUACCUUUUCCAAAUGCACUUAGCUUGCAGGGUCUGGCCAUGCAAGCUAUUGUCUUCACGCUAGUCUCGGUGGCAUGGAUAUAUAGUCUUCCAUUUCCAUAUGAGAAAUUUGACGGUCAACGGGAUCUUAAUUGGGUCAACUUGUCCAUUUGGUACGGGGCUAUCGGUUGGAUCAUCAUUGACAGUUUUGUCUUCGCCCUCGGCCAGGCCGUGCUACUAUUAUUGGCCUUGCAUCGCUCGUUUUCGAGCAAAGCCACUACACAACCAGGAAGCGAGACGGAGCCGCUUUUAGGACAUCCGGUACAGAAAUAG